AUGGCAACUCAAACUCAAGUUUUAAAACGUGGUGCCGUCCAACCGGCACGUCUUCAUGAUUAUCUGUAUGAUCCUACAUGUACAUUAUCAGGUGUUCGUGAUCAUGCUCGAGAAACAUUUGCAGCAAAAACGACUACAGAACAAUUGCAAGCUGUACCUGUCUAUGAACAUUUAUUCAGUGAUUUACGUCAAUAUCCUCGUUUUGCUUAUCGAAUUCAAUCUCGAGAUCCUGUUCCAGUACAUGUCAAUCGACAAUGGUUAGGACAAGCAGAUGCUCAUCGUGAACAAAUUGCUCUAUCUCGACUUUUUACGGGUAAUGAAGCAUUUGUUGUUCCACCACGAACAUAUGAACAUGUUGAUGUCGGAGGUCGUGAACGUGCAAAAUUCUUUCGUAAACCACUUGUACCUUUUAUGGAAAAUAUUCAACCACUAGUUGUACUUGAUACUGGUCGAUCGACAACAGGUACUUUUGGAGAAUCUGCAAUAAAACCUGUUCCAGGACAUCUGGUUAGUUCAACAAAAUCAGCUAUUCCAUCAGGACAACCAACAACAAAAACACAAGCUAUUCAAACUGAUUAUAUGGAACGUGAAGCUCAAACAGAUCCUUAUACACCUGAAUAUGUUGUUAAACCAGGUGAACAACCUGAAGUAUUAACAUUAGCUACUCUUAUGUAUAAGAAAGGUCUUCCAGCUGGUCUUGCAGAAGUAGAAAUGAUUGAACGUGCACGUGCUAAACGUCAAUGGGAAGCAAGUUUACCACCACUUGAUGAUCCUCAACAAUGGGAAAAACGAUUUAAAAUGAUGAGUGAUAUGGAAAGACAUGAAUGGCUUUUAAGAGAAAAUGAAAUUGAAAAAUUACAAAAUCUUCGUAUAGAAUUAUUAGAAAAAAUGUUGAAAGAUAAUGAAGCUAGUCGAUAUGAUACAUCAAUUGAACGUAUUAAUCGACAAUGGAGUAAAAAACAAAUUGAACGUGAAGAAUUUGUUAAAAAUAAUCGACUUCAUUAUUUACGAGCUAUUCGAGCUUUACUUCGAAAACGAUCACAAAUUGAAACAAAAUAUGUUAAAAAUGAUAUUAUUCGUUCAUAUACAAAAUAUGAUUCAACAGCUUAUGGUCCAUUAACACGAAAUGGUUAUUUUCCAGAUAAACUUACAGAUAAAUAUUUAGUUAAAAGUCGAUUUUUGGAUACAUAUACGGGUUUACUUGAACUUGAAUCAACAUUACCAUCAAAUGCAUUAAAAAUUCGACUUCCAGCACCGAAACGAAUUAGUUCAACUAAAGAUGGACAUCUUAAACGACAAUUUCGACGUGAAAGAGAUUUAAAUAAUAUUUUUAAGGUUAAAAUUUUUAUAAUAUUAUUGAUUCUAAUCUAUAGUUUAUAGUCAUUCAAACAAAUUUAUUAACAUAUCGAUUAAUUUUCAUUUAGAAAAACCAAAAAUGAUUUUUUUUUUUUUUCUUCACUAAGGAAUGAAUCUCUUCAGUUUUGUUUUUACUCAUAGAUUCUACAUAAUGUUCGAACAAUAACCUUAAAAAGAUUUGUGAGUUUGAUUAAAACUAUCGAAUUUUUUUUUUCUAGAAACCUCUAAUUUUUGGAAAACUCGAAAGUCAGAUUUUCAUAUAAAAAUUUUGUCCAUAUAGAGAACUCAAGUUUAAUAGUUUUUUCUUUCAAAAAAAAAAAAUUCAGAAUUUUUCAAUUAAGUUUUUGAUACUUUUAAGAUCUCGACCAUUUUUUCAUCGGUCGUGAAUACAACAUGCACUUUUUGAAAGCUUCAUAUUUUGAAGAGAGUUUUUUUAAACUCGGUAUAUAAAUUAAAAAAGCUCGAUAUGACUAUAAACUUUUGAGCACAUAUUUUAUUCAUUGGUAAAAGAAUUAAAGAUUAGAACAAUUUCUAAAAGACUCAUAUUGACCUGAAGAGUUGACUGAAAUAUUUGAAAUGAAUACAGAAUCGAGUUCUAAAAUAGGAUUAUUACUUCAUCUAUCCUUCCUACUGACAUUACUUUUUGUUUUGAAUUAAUGAUCAGUUUUCUGGGCAAGAAUU